GCGGCGGCGGCUGCUGCGCAGGAGCGAUGGGGCCGGCUCGGGGACCCCGGGCAGGUCUUGAGCUUUCGGGACUGGGUUCUCCAUGGCGUGAAACGCGGGAGCUGCCGCGGGCCAGGCACUCCGCUUGGGCCGCGUGAGGCAGGCCUUUCCUCAAAAAGAUGGUUGGCAAACUCAAGCAGAACCUGCUGCUGGCCUGCCUGGUGAUCAGUUCAGUGACUGUCUUCUAUCUGGGGCAACACGCCAUGGAGUGCCACCACCAGAUGGAGGGGCGAAGCGAGCCGGUUCGGCCGGAAGCGGCCCGAGCAACUCCGAGAGUCGUCCCGGCUCGGAAGGAGAACGCCACGGUGGUUUACCACAAAGACAUGCCUCUGAUCUUUAUCGGAGGGGUGCCCCGGAGCGGCACCACCUUGAUGCGGGCCAUGCUGGACGCCCACCCGGACAUCCGUUGCGGGGAAGAGACCCGGGUGAUCCCCCGGAUCCUGGCCGUCAAGCAGAUGUGGGCUCGCUCGAGCAAGGAGAAGAUGCGGCUGGACGAGGCCGGGGUGACGGACGAGGUCUUGGACUCCGCCAUGCAGGCCUUCCUGCUGGAAAUCAUUGUCAAACACGGGGAACCGGCCCCGUACCUGUGCAACAAGGACCCCUUUGCCCUCAAGUCUUUGACCUACCUGGCCCGGAUUUUCCCCAACGCCAGGUUCCUCUUGAUGGUGCGGGACGGCCGGGCCGCCGUCCAUUCCAUGAUCUCCAGGAAGGUCACCAUUGCCGGCUUUGACCUGAACAGCUACCGGGACUGUUUGACCAAGUGGAACCGCGCCAUCGAGACCAUGUACAACCAGUGCGUGGAGGCCGGCGUGGAGCGCUGCAUGACGGUGCGCUAUGAGCAGCUGGUCCUGCACCCCGAGCGCUGGCUGAGGACCCUCCUCAAGUUCCUCCGCAUCCCGUGGGACCCGGCCGUCUUGCACCACGAAGAGAUGAUCGGGAAAGCGGGCGGCGUCUCCCUCUCAAAGGUCGAAAGAUCGACGGACCAAGUCAUCAAGCCGGUCAACGUGGAGGCCUUGUCGAAGUGGGUGGGCAAAAUACCCGUCGACGUUCUCCGCGACAUGCCGGUGAUCGCGCCAAUGCUGGGGAAGCUGGGCUACGACCCCUUUGCCAACCCCCCAAACUACGGGAAGCCGGACGAGAAAGUUCUCGAAAACACCAGGAGGGUCCAUAAAGGGGAAUUUCCGCUUCCCGAAUUCCUUAAGGGGAUGCCACAGCCCAACGUGGUGAAAUAGAAGACCGGACGGGACUUCAUGUAGGUGGCUGGAAUGUUGGCUUGCACCGUGGCGGAAUCGGCGAAGACCCAGCUGGGCUGUUUUUCCAGGCUAUUUUCCUGUUUUAUACUGUGGUCUCUCUCUCUUUUGUUUUAAUUUUAAUUUUAUUUUUGAAUGGUUGGCUGCUUUUUUUUUUUUGCGUCUGAGCACAUGCUCAGUUGGUGCACUGCUGAUUCCAGACAGAGCAACCCCACCAAAACCCCGGAUCUGGUUGAGGUGCGUGAUCCCCAAAUCAAGGCGUUAAAAAGGGGGCGGCCCAAUUCGAAACCUCUCCUCUGCAACCGUCUUUGGAGUCGCCGGGCGCCGCUCGAGAACGCAUCGUCGUGCGACGACACCCCUUAAUUUCCAUGACGCUUGCUCGUGGGGAUGUCCUUGGCGGAUUGCGCCCAAAGCACUUUUUUGGGGGGAAGACGCUUAGAUUUCUUGGUGGAAAUCCCGUUUUCUCAACUGUUUAUAAAAAUCACAGAAGCAGACGGAUGGAGUUGCCUAUUUUGCUCCCUUUUCUUUCUCUUCGGUUCUUGCACUUUAUUUUUAUUUUUUAAAAAGGGGCGGGUUUGGAAAUAGUAUCCCUUGAUACAGAAUUUGGGGUGUCAAAUAUGUGAAAUUUGGUGAAGGCGUUUCUAUGCUUGCCUUAAGGGAUUUUGCCCUGGCCCAUUGAUCCAUGUGUGAGCAGCAGGCUGUGAGCACGCUGAUGUGGUUCAGGUGAUCUGUGCACCUACCUGCCAAGCAAAAGGUGGGUGAGGAUGCAGGAAGAAAAUGAGGCCUGGACUUCAUCCCCACCAUUAAAAACAGAAAGAUAUAUGAUUACAGGCCCAAGUACAGCAAAGGUCUUUAUUUUUCUUACCUUGUCCCACAUAUGACCUACAUAUGUUUACAUGCAGGGGUUUGCUUCUGUGCAUGUGUUGUGUUUCUUUGAUCAGGGCGAUUGGUUUUUUUUUUAACUUGUGGAGAACGGUUUCUGUGCCAAUUCUUUCUCUCCCACCCCCUUUCCGGUUUUAUUGACAUGCGGAAAUGAACUUUUAAUUAUUUAAGGAAGAUGUUUUCUGAGAUAUGGAGGAAGAACCUGUAUGUUUACAAUCCAACAACCUUUUGUAUUUUAUUUUUCAAAAUAAAUGCUUUA